UUUACGUGAAUUCAACGUUUUCAACUUAUCAAAAAAGGUUAAAUGACGUGAAAAAUUAAUUCAACCUUCGCAGAGAUUUCAUUCCCAGAUCUUGGAUACCCUAAACCCUUAGAAACAGAAAAACUUAAACGAAAAGGGGAAAUCAAAUUGAUAUUCACUGACAAAUUCAUCCUUCCGAUCAGGAAUAGUUUUGUGUGGUUAGAGUGAUGUUGGGCUGCAAAUUUGAUUUGUGGCUGUUGGAAGUCUUGACUUGAUAAGUGCUGAGGCCUCUGGAAGCAUGAAUUUUGUCAAGGGAGUUGCUGACCUUAUCCGGAGGACAUCGGCUGGGCAGAGUGGAGACUUUGCUUCGGCGUCACGGUCGGAGAGGUUUUCUCUCCCUUCUCCAAAAAUUCGAUUCAGUGAGGUUGGUGAUGAGGCAAUCCUGAAUACCUUAUGGGACAGAUAUGAUAAUUCCUUCGAUAAGGUGGAAAAAAGGAAGUUAUUUUAUGUUUUUCUCAAGCAAUUUUUGAUUGUAUACCGGAACUGGGAACCACCUAAUGUGGGCCAAUCUCCUGAUCAUGCCUCCUCCGCCUUACCUGUGGAAUACUCAGCACAUCCAAGUGAUGUGGUGAUUGGAUGCUCAAAUGGCCAUCCUUCUGAGAUUAUUCAUGUUUUAGCUGAAGAAGUGACACAAAUAACGGCAAUGGUUACAGAAUGCACAGCUAAUUCAGGAAGUCAUAUGAGCACUAUCACGUAUGAGGGGUUGCCCGUGUUAGAUGCUUUGGCUGUUAUCACUCGGUCGAUGCAUAAUUGCAGAGUUUUUGGCUUUUAUGGUGGUGUUCAGAAGCUUACAGCAUUGCUGAAAGCUACUGUUGUGCAACUCAAGACCAUUAGUAGUGCUCUUUCAGCAGAUGAAAGUUUGCCAACCUCUCUUGUCGACAAGUCCGUAAUUUUGCAGAAGAUACUAAUUCAUGUGGUGUUAGUGUUAUGUAGCUUUAUUGACUUGCAUUCUGGUGAAUAUGAGAAUACUCAAUUGAACAACAGCAGCUGGGUGUUUUAUGAACCAAAGACUGGUGCAACAUCACCUCAAUCUUCUACUAGUGUAAAGGCUCCUUAUUCUGAAACUUUGUUGCAGUGGCAUCAUAGGGCCAUUGUUUUACUCAUGGAAGCUGGUGGCCUUAAUUGGUUAGUAGAGCUUCUGCGUGUGUUGAGGAGGUUAAUCAUGAAAGAACAGUGGAUUGAUCUAUCACUUCAGUAUUUAACUCUCAGAACUCUUAAGAUGUCAUUAGCUGAUAACCCUCGGGGUCAGAAUCAUUUUCGUAGUAUAGGAGGACUGGAGGUUUUGUUGGAUGGAUUGGGAGUUUCAUCAAACAAUGCUAUUAGACCAGGCAAUUCCUCAUUCCCUGGGGUGGUGAGAACCGAAAAUCCCUUGCAGGCUAUUUUCCAGCUGCACGUUCUUUCCUUGGAGAUACUUAGAGAGGCUGUCUUUGGGAAUAUGAAUAAUUUGCAAUUCCUGUCUGAGAAUGGAAGAGUACAGAAGUUUGCUAAUAGCUUUUGUUCGCUCGCAUUCAUGCUUCAAGAUUACAAGCAGCAGGAGUUGAAAAUGCUUGUACAUGACGAUGAGUAUGUUAAUGCAACCAAACUUCAUGAGAAAGGGCUUUCUCCUCCAGCAGCUGAUUCACAAAAUUGGAAUCACUAUGUUACGAAUUUGAUUGCAGUUCUUUGUUCUUUCCUUCUUGGUUUUGAAGAUACUAUACAUCAAAAUCUUCAACCAUCAACUGGUACAAGUACCUUGCCAGUUUCUUCAGCAUAUCUUGAGCUUUCAAUAAAGUGGUUCUUGAGGGUGCUUCUUACAAUAUUCCCUUGUAUUAAGGCAUGCUCCUAUGGAAAUGAGCUGCCUAGCCACUUAAGGAUUUUUGUGUAUACGCUGCAGCAUUCUGUUCUUUUGACAUUCCGGAAGAUCCUUAUUUUAUUGCCUUCAUCACUGGAUGUGUUCCGGGCUGAGGGAGCGUGGGACUUUAUUUUCUCUGAGAAUCUUUUCUACUAUGGCCCAACUGCAGUAGAAUUCUCUGGUGAUAACUGCUCCAGUUCUGAAGGUUUUAUUAUGAGAAGCAGACAGUUUUCUGGUUUCACUGGGAAUGAUGGCCAUAUCAGUAGUAACGAAGUUGAAGUUCUCCAAGUGGAAGCAAUUUCAUUCCUGGAGCUGGCAGCAACUUUAAGUGGAAUUUCACAUAACUUGGCCGAAUGUUCAGUUUUACUGGAUGCCCUUGAACAAUCUGUUGCUAAUCCUGAGAUUGCUAAUGUUCUUGCAAAGAGCCUUCUUCAUGUAAUGCAGCUUUCACCUGAGAAAACUGUUUCUUCUUUCAAGGCUCUUGAUGCGAUUCCUCGGGUGCUCAAAGUUGCUUCAAUUCUGGCUCAAGAAUCAAAAAGGCAUUUGAGUUCAAGUUUUUCAGAAACUACUUCUGAGAAAAUGGUCUUUUUAAACAAUGGGAUUUCUGAUUCACCUAAAACUGUCCCCAGCUGGCGCAAAAGUGUGGAAACCUGCCUUGAACUUUUUGCAGAGUAUUUUGUCACAGAUGAUGCAAAAAUUUAUAUACUCCAUAGUUCUGCUUGCAUCGAUUGCUUGUUUGAUUUAUUCUGGGAAGAAGAUCUGAGAAACCGUAUGCUCAAGUACAUUCUUGAUUUGAUGAAGGUAGUUCCUUCAUCUGAGGAGGAUAGAAAAGCUAAAUUGUAUUUAUCUUCCAAGUAUCUUGAGACAUUCACUCAUGUGAAGGAACGAGAGAUGAACUUUGCGGAAUUGUCAGUUGAUUUGUUAGUUGGGAUGAGAAAUAUACUCUUGAUGGAUCAAACGCAAUAUCGGGCUUUGUUUCGGGAUGGUGAGUGCUUUUUGCACAUUGUAUCAUUAUUGAACGGCAACCUUGAUGCAACAACUGGUGAGAAGUUGGUUCUCAACGUUCUUCAAACACUUACCUGCCUGCUCUCUGGCGAUGAUGCUUCAAAGGCUGCUUUUAGGGCUCUUGUGGGCAAGGGUUACCAGACUCUGCAGAGCUUAUUGUUGGACUUCUGCCAAUGGCAGCCAAGUGAAUCACUUUUAAGUGCUCUGCUUGAUAUGCUGGUCGAUGGAAAGUUUGAUCUUAAAGCAAGUCCACUGAUAAAGAAUGAGGAUGUGAUCUUGCUUUAUCUUAAUGUUCUUCAGAAGAGCAGUGACUCAGAGCGGUAUAAUGGGCUUAAUGUUCUUCUUCAACUGCUACGAGAUUCCAUAUCCAAUCGAGAUUCAUGUGUCAGAGCAGGAAUCCUAAACUUUCUUCUGGAUUGGUUUUCACAAGAGGAUAAUGUUAAGGUGGUCUUGAAAAUAGCGCACCUAAUCCAGGUCACAGGUGGAUAUAGCAUUUCAGGAAAGGAUAUUCGAAAAAUUUUUGCUCUUCUCCGAAGUGAGAAAGUUGGAACUAGGCAGCAGUACAGCUCAUUAUUGUUAACCAGCAUGUUAUCAAUGCUAAAUGAGAAAGGACCUACAGCAUUCUUUGAUUUUAAUGGGAUUGAUUCGGGGGUCAUGAUCAAAACACCAGUACACUGGCCUUUGAAUAAAGGAUUUUCUUUUUCUUGUUGGCUCAGAGUAGAAAGCUUUCCUAGAAGUGGGACAAUGAGUCUUUUUAGUUUUCUAACAGAAAGUGGAAGAGGGUGCUUUGCUGUUCUUGCAAAAGACUGGUUGAUUUAUGAGUCAAAUAAUCAAAAGCACCAGGCUGUGUCACUGCAAGUCAACCUUGUCAGAAAGAAAUGGCAUUUUCUGUGUUUGACACAUACCAUAGGCAGAGCAUUUUCAGGGGGAAGCCAACUGAGAUGUUUUGUUGAUGGAGUUCUCGUCUCCUCAGAAAAGUGCAGAUAUGCAAAAGUUAAUGAAGUUUUGACUAGUUGCUCAAUUGGUGCAAAACUCAACCUAAAAUUGUACGAGGAAGAUGAUGCAAUUUUCUCCAUCAAGGAUUCAUCCCCUUUUUUUGGUCAGAUAGGUCCAGUUUACCUGUUCAAUGAUGCCAUUACUCCUGAACAAGUACAGGGUGUUUAUUCCUUGGGACCAAGCUAUAUGUAUUCCUUUCUUGAUAAUGAAGUUUCAGUUUCUGUGGAUAAUCCCUUGCCUGGUAGCAUUCUUGAUGCCAAAGAUGGCCUCUCAUCCAGAAUAAUAUUUGGGCUUAAUGCACAGGCGAGCAACGGAAGGACACUAUACAAUGUCUCUCCUUCACUGGAGCAUUUGCCAGAUGACCCAUUUGAAGCUAAUGUGUUGAUGGGGACACAGCUCUGUUCCAGACGGUUGCUACAACAAAUCAUUUACUGUGUUGGUGGCGUAUCUGUUUUUUUUCCACUUUUCACUCAGUCUGAUUUAUAUGAACACACACAGAGUGAGAAAUUUGGAGAAACUUUACUUACAACUAUUACAAAGGAACGUUUAACUGCUGAAAUCAUUGAGCUUAUAGCUUCUGUUCUGGAUGAGAAUUUGGCCAAUCAGCAACAGAUGCUUCUACUUUCUGGAUUUUCUAUAUUGGGGUUUUUGCUUCAAUCUGUUCCUCCCCAGCAGCUUAAUUUGGAAACUUUGUCAGCUUUGAAGCAUUUAUUCAAUGUCGUUGCGAAUUCUGGCUUGUCUGAUGCACUUGUUGAAGACGCUAUAUUCCAUGUCUUUCUCAACCCCUUUAUCUGGGUCUACACGGUGUACAAGGUGCAAAGAGAACUGUAUAUGUUUCUUAUUCAACAAUUGGAUAAUGAUCCAAGGUUACUAAAGAGUCUGUGUAAGCUCCCUUGUGUUCUUGAUAUAAUACGGAAAUUUUACUGGACCAAUGCAAAAUCCAAUUCUGUUAUUGGAAGCAAGCAACUUUUGCUUCCUGGAACAAACCAAGUUAUUGGAGAGAGACCUGACAGAGAAGAAGUUCAUAAGAUCCGUUUACUGUUACUGAGUCUCGGUGAGAUGAGUCUCAGGCAGCAUAUUUCAGUGACAGACAUAAAAGCAUUGGUGGCUUUUUUUGAGACCAGUCAGGAUAUGGCAUGCACUGAAGAUGUUUUACACAUGGUCAUUCGUGCUGUUUCCCAGAAACCAUUGCUUGCUUCCUUCCUGGAGCAGCUCAAUUUGCUUGGUGGCUGUCACAUUUUUGUCAAUCUUCUUGAAAGGGAAUUUGAGCCCAUUAGGUUGCUAAGCUUGCAGUUUAUUGGAAGGCUUUUAGUUGGUCUUCCACCUGAGAAAAAAGGUUCAAAGUUUUUUAAUAUUGCUGUCGGAAGGUCCAAAUCGCUUCAAGAGGGCUAUAAGAAAGUCAGUUUAAGGAUGCAGCCAAUCUUUUCCAUGAUAUCGGACAGGCUCUUUAAAUUUCCACAGACAGAUGUUCUGUGUGCAACACUGUUUGAUGUUCUUCUUGGAGGUGCUAGUCCUAAACAGGUUUUGCAGAAACAUAACCAGACUGAGCAGCAAAGAAGUAGCAGAAGUAAUUCUCAGUUCUUCCUUCCUCAAAUUCUGGGUCUCAUUUUCAGAUUUUUGUCAGGUUGCGAGGAUGCAGUAGCAAGAAUCAAAAUAGUUGGCGAUCUACUCGAUCUUCUUGAUUCAAAUCCUUCCAAUAUUGAAGCUCUAAUGGAAAAUGGAUGGAAUGCAUGGUUGCUCGCAUCUGUUAAACUUGAUGUGGUUAAAAAUUACCAAAUGGAGUCACAAAGUCUCAAUGACAUUGAGAUGAAUGAGCGAAUGUUUGUUAGGAGCUUAUACUGCUGUGUUCUUUGUCACUACAUUGUUUCUGUAAAAGGUGGUUGGCAACAGCUGGAGGAGACGAUGAAUUUUCUGCAUAUGGAAUGUGACCAAGGCGGCAUCUCAUAUCAUUAUUUCCUUCAUGAUGUCUAUGCUGACAUAACUCAGAGGCUAGUAUCUAUUGAAGAAAACAUUUUUGUCUCUCAACCAUGUCGAGACAAUGUUUUGUAUCUUCUAAAACUAGUUGAUGACAUACUGAUCUUUGAAGUUGAUCAUAAGAUUCCGUUUCCAACAAAUGGCUCUGGAUAUCCUCCUGACUUUCUUGAAAUAGAAAAUCGCAAAGAUGUUGGCUCUGUUUUAUCUGAAGCCCUUCAAGGAGAACCCCGUGAUGACUUAUCCAGAAACCCAUGGAUGCAACAGCAAGAUGAUUCCAUACAAGAUGAGAAAACUGAUGAUGAAUGGUGGAUUAUGUAUGACAAUAUUUGGAUUAUUAUCAGUAUGAUGAAUGGCAAAGGCCCAAGCAAAGCAUUGCCCAGAUCUUCAUCAACAUCAAUUCCAUCUUUCAGCCAACGCGCCCGUGGCUUGGUGGAGUCACUCAAUAUCCCUGCUGCAGAAAUGGCUGCAGUAGUUGUAUCUGGGGGAAUUAGUAAUGCAUUAGGUGGGAAGCCAAAUAAAACUGUUGAUAAGGCGAUGCUGUUAAGAGGGGAGAAGUGUCCAAGGAUUGUUUUCCGGCUUAUGAUUCUCUAUCUUUGUAAAUCCUCACUUGAAAGGGCAUCUCGAUGUGUCCAGCAGUUUAUUCCUCUUCUUCCUAGUCUUCUGACAGCUGAUGAUGAGCAAAGCAAGAACAGAGUGCAACUUUUCAUAUGGGCGUUGCUUGCUGUUAGGUCUCACUAUGGGAUAUCCGAUGAUGGCGCUCGAAUCCAUGUUCUCUCUCACUUGAUUCGAGAAACGGUCAAUUGCAGUAAGUUGGUACUUGCUUCCAGUAUGAGCAGAGAUGACUCGUCAGACUUGGGUGGCAAUCCAAAAGAACCAAGUGCCUUUCACAAUUUAAUUCAAAAGGAUCGAGUUAUUGCUGCGGUUGCUGAUGAAAUGAAGUACAUAAAAGGUUCAACAGCAGAUCGGACUAGGCAAUUAGAUGAUCUCCGCUUUAGAAUGGAUGAAGUGUUAAAUUCAGAGUCUAAUCAACAGAGAGUUUUUGAAGAUGAGACACAGAGUAAUUUAAGUUCCAUUCUUGCUUCCGAUGAUGGUAGAAGAGCUUCUUUCCAGCUUGCCUGUGACGAGGAGCAGCAGAGUAUCGCUGAAAAGUGGAUACAUAUGUUUCGGUCUCUAAUUGACGAGAGAGGUCCAUGGUCUGCUAAAACGUUUCCAAACAAUUCUAUAACACAUUGGAAACUCGACAAGACAGAAGAUGGAUGGCGUCGAAGGCAGAAGUUGAGACGUAACUAUCGGUUUAAUGAAAAGCUUUGUUAUCCCUCAAGCAACUUCCCAAACUCUGAUGCCCUUUCUACUGUUAGUGAUGCCAAAACUGGUUUUGGUGCACAUAUUCCUGAGCAGAUGAAGCGUUUCUUACUCAAAGGAAUUCGCAAAAUUACAGAUGAAGGGACCUCAGAAAUGAGUGAUAAUGAUGCUGAAUCUAGCAAUCCAAAGGCCUCAACCCCAGAAGAUUUGACAGACAGACAGUAUCCUGAGACAGUGAAAGACAGUAGCAAUCUGAAGGACAUUGUACAGGACAGAAAAGAUUCUUCCAACUUAACAUCAGAAUCAGAAAAUAAUGAGGUCCUUAAAUCUGUUCCCUGUGUUCUUGUAACACUGAAGAGAAAAUUUGCUGGACGUUUGGCUGUGAUGAAGAACUACCUUCACUUCUUUGGAGAGUUUUUAGUUGAAGGUACUGGAGGUUCAUCUGUUUUUAAGAAUUUUGACUCCUCAGGUAACCUAGAUCAUAAAAGUCAUGAUCAGUUGGGGGUAGUUGACAAGCAGAAGUUCUAUAAGUUUCCUAUCGGUUCAGAUUUGAGUUCUGAAAGAGGAAGUGUCUUGGAUCGCAUUAAUGCUGUUCAAGAUGACAUUCUUCAAAAGCAAUACAAAGACAUUAAGCGCCACAGAAGAUGGAACAUUUCAAAGAUUAAGGCUGUUCAUUGGACUCGAUAUCUGCUCCGAUACACUGCGAUUGAGGUUUUCUUCAACAACUCUGUUGCUCCAGUGUUCUUCAACUUCUCCUCACAAAAGGAUGCAAAAGAUGUCGGGAACCUAAUUGUAGCAACCAGAAAUGAAUCCAUAACUCCAAAGGGAUACAAGGACAAGAGUGGAGCUAUUUCCUUUGUUGAUAGACGUGUAGCACUGGAGAUGGCUGAAACAGCCAGAGAGAGCUGGAGGAGAAGAGAUAUUACAAAUUUUGAGUAUUUGAUGAUUCUCAACACACUUUCUGGGAGAUCUUAUAAUGAUUUGACUCAGUAUCCUGUAUUUCCUUGGGUAUUAGCUGAUUAUUCAUCUGAGAGUCUUGAUUUCAAUAAGUCGUCAACUUUCAGAGACCUUUCAAAACCUGUUGGAGCAUUAGAUUUGAAACGCUUUGAGGUUUUUGAGGAUAGAUACCGAAACUUCUGUGAUCCUGAUAUUCCAAGUUUCUACUAUGGUUCUCAUUACUCAAGUAUGGGAAUUGUACUCUUUUACCUUCUUAGAUUGGAGCCAUUCACUGCUCUUCACCGUAAUCUGCAGGGUGGUAAAUUCGACCAUGCAGACCGACUUUUUCAAAGCAUCGAGGGCACGUACAAGAACUGUCUUUCAAAUACUAGUGAUGUGAAGGAGUUGAUUCCUGAAUUUUUUUACAUGCCUGAAUUUCUUGGCAAUACAAAUUCUUAUCAUUUCGGUGUGCGCCAAGAUGGAGAACCCCUAGGUGAUGUUUUGCUCCCCACUUGGGCCAAGGGCUCAGCUGAGGAAUUCAUAAGUAAAAAUCGAGAGGCUCUUGAAAGUGAAUAUGUUAGCUCAAACCUUCAUCAUUGGAUUGAUUUGGUAUUUGGAUACAAGCAGCGUGGUAAACCAGCAGUUGAGGCAGCGAAUGUCUUUUAUUAUUUAACUUAUGAAGGUGCUGUUGAUCUGGAUACUAUGGAUGAUGAAUUGCAAAGGUCUGCCAUAGAAGAUCAGAUUGCCAAUUUUGGUCAGACACCAAUUCAAAUUUUUCGUAAGAAACAUCCUAGAAGAGGCCCACCAAUUCCAAUUACUCAUCCUCUUAAAUUUGCUCCCGCUUCUAUCAAUUUGACUUCCAUAGCCUCAAGUUCAAGUAAUUCAGCGGCUGUUUUAUAUGUUCAAGUCUUGGACUCGAGUAUUGUUCUUGUGAAUCAGGGACUAACCAUGUCAGUCAAGAUAUGGUUGACAACCCAGUUGCAGUCUGGUGGGAAUUUCACCUUCUCUGGCUCUCAGGAUCCCUUUUUUGGAGUUGGUUCUGAUGUGCUUUCUCCACGUAAAAUUGGCAGUCCUUUGGCUGAAACUCUUGAACUUGGCGCACAGUGCUUUUCAACUUUGCAGAUGCCAUCUGAAAAUUUUUUGAUAUCAUGUGGCACCUGGGAAAACAGUUUUCAGGUAAUAUCCCUGGCUGAUGGAAGAAUGGUGCAAAGUAUUAGGCAGCAUAAAGACAUUGUCAGCUGUAUAGCAGUCACAUCUGAUGGAAGUAUUCUUGUUACUGGAAGUUAUGACACAACAGUUAUGGUGUGGGAAGUUAAUCGUCUUAGGGCCACUGAGAAGCGAGUUAGAAAUGCACAAGCUGAGCUUCCUCGGAGAGACUCCGUAAUUGCUGAAACUCCAUUUCAUAUUUUGUGUGGACAUGAUGACAUAAUCACAUGCUUGUUCGCAAGUGUCGAACUUGAUAUAGUUAUUAGUGGAUCAAAAGAUGGCACCUGUGUUUUCCAUACUCUGCGGGAAGGUCGAUAUGUAAGAUCUCUUCAGCAUCCAUCUGGCUGUGCAAUAUCGAAGCUCGUUGUAUCUCGCCAUGGACGGAUUGUUGUUUAUGCUGACGAUGAUCUGAGUUUGCAUCUCUAUUCAAUUAAUGGGAAACACAUUUCUUCCUCUGAAUCCAGUGGUCGCCUGAACUGCAUGGGGUUGAGUAGCUGCGGUCAGUUUUUAGUUUGUGCUGGAGACCAAGGACAGAUUGUUGUAUGGUGCAUGUAUACACUGGAAGUGGUGAGAAGAUACACUGGUAUUGGAAAAGUAAUAACUUCACUAACUGUAACCCCGGAAGAAUGUUUCAUAGCUGGGACAAAAGAUGGAAGUCUUCUUGUCUAUUCCAUUGACAAUCCUCAACUUCGAAAAAGUAAUGUUCCUCGUAAUUUGAAAACAUAAUAUUCUGCAGUUGAUAUAGUCGAUGUUGAGAGUCUCAGAAUUUUGGACCGGAGGCUAUGAUUGGAGAAUGUUGGAAGUUCAAGGUGCGUUGCUCUCAAUUACAUAUUACAGAUAUCUACUUCAGCUGACUUCAAAAUUCUCCCAAGCUUCCAGAUAGUGAGUGUACAUGUCCAUAAUAGCUGCGGAUUAUCUACACCUACAUUUCAGCUUGUGGAAAUUGUUCACGAUAAAGAGGAUCAGAGUCCUUCAGCAGCAAUUUAAAAUUCCCACCUGAUAAUGCAGCAUCUACGCUUACAUUGCAGCUUCUUGGGGAACAUGUGGUUACUAAAACGAGGUGGAGAAAAUGACAAGCGGUGAUUUUGAAUCAUCGGAGAGUCCAUGUGAAAAUAUUGAAUUGCUGAUACAUACAACUGCAUUCACCCUUAUUGCACCUGGCUGCAUGCGAGGAGACUUGGGUGUUUAAUAAUGUACACUAUAUUCUUCACAUUAGAGGCCAGAACUACACCGUAAUACGGAUAGGUGAUUUUGUUUAUUGUACCCCCAAUCUUGGAGGCAAAUUUUUGUGGAAAUUGAACCAGCCAAAUGUGUGCUGGAUCAACAGUUUCUUGUUAACCUCAUAUGAUUUUUCUGUAUAUAGGGCAUCGAUCAAGUGCUCCAAUAGUAGAAUCGUACUUCAUACCAAAGCCUAUAAUCUGCACAAAGAACAUUGCCCACAUCAAAACCUAUAGGUUGAACACUGAAGGCUAAACCCCUUUCACGUGUUAUUGAUUCAGAUGUUCGUCAAAGUUCCGUUAUUGCAA